AGGGAGAUGGACACACCCUCAAAACAAAUAAGCUCAGUUUUCAGCGACAUCCAACUACGACCACAUGGCAGCAAUGUAAAGGAUGGAUCCACAUGUUAAUUGACGGGAGAUUUACGAUAGCGCUGUCUGAGAAGAAAGGAAAGAGAUCGCUUUACUUUAAGGUCAACGCUGACUAGGAACUUGCCUCACCCUCUGCAGGUAUUUGGAGGCUGUGGCUUACAGAAUGUCUUCAGUUUGGUCUUCUGUAACCAGUUUAGCUCAAGGAAUAAAACGUGCCCCGAAGAUUUGAUGUAUCAGAAACCUUAAAAGGAAUGCCAUAGAUAACUAUGAGAAUAGAAAAAAGGAUUUGCUCUGCCAAUGAAAGAUCCCAGGUUCAGUAACAGAUGCACUGAUCAGCAUAACUCCAUGAAAGGAAAUUGUCUACAUAUCAUAAAACAUUAAUCAUUACUAUUUUAUAGUGCCAGAGGUUACCAUAAAAUAAAUAUAGAACAUUUUUAGCAGCUCUCACACACUUUAAUAUUAUUGUACUUGAGAUUCUCCCAUUACGUAAAAAAAAUGUUUCCAAAACGAGGCUGGCAGCUAUGGUUAUUGCAUUUCAUUGCUGUACUGGGAUCACUAUGGAUGCUUUCCCUACUUAUUCCACUGAAAAGAGGUAGACGUCCUGCCUACAUCCUCAGGUAUCAAUGGCUAGAGUACACCAAUAUUGAUGAGAGCCCAGAGAAAGUUUGCAACUGCUCAGCGAUCCUGCAGGGAGAGAAGGAGGCAUUGCUGAAAGCAAAAUUACUGACCAUCACCAAAGACUUUCAGAAAAUUAUUCAGAUCCCUGAUGAGUAUUAUAUCAAUGCAACCAAAGACUGCAGGAAAUUCAAAAUAACCAGGAAAUACAUAACAUUCCCGUUAAGCAAGGAAGAACAGGACUUUCUUCUGGCUUACUCUAUGGUUGUACAUCACAAGGUGCAAAACUUUGAACGACUACUGCGAGCUAUCUACGCACCUCAAAAUAUUUAUUGUGUCCAUGUGGACAAAAAAGCACCGGCCUCAGUCUUUAUUGCCAUCAAUGCCAUUACUUCCUGUUUCCCAAAUGUGUUCAUGGUCAGCAAGCCUGUGGAUGUGGUCUACGCUGGAUGGACACGUGUACAGGCUGAUCUUAACUGCAUGGCUGAUCUCUAUAACACCAGUACAAACUGGAAAUACUUCAUCAACCUCUGUGGUCAGGAUUUCCCUCUAAAAACUAACUUGGAAAUUGUGCAAGCUUUGCGUUCACUGAAAGGAGGUAACAGUUUGGAGUCGGAAGAAAUGCCUCAAGGAAAGAAGAGGAGGGUGAUGAAUGUUUACCAAGUAAUUGAUGGACAAAUCCAGCAAACAGGAAAAACAAAGGAUCCAACUCCCUUCAAUCUCCCUAUACUAUCAGGAAAUGCCUACAUUGUGGUCAACCGAGGUUAUAUUCACAGUGUGUUGGAAGACGAGCGAAUACAGGCCCUCAUUGAGUGGGCCAAAGACACCUACAGUCCUGAUGAGUUUCUGUGGGCAACAAUACAACGAAUGUCUGGUGUUCCAGGCUCAACAUGGCCCAACCGUAAAUUUGACAUGACAGACAUGAAUGCAAUUGCACGGAUGGUGAAGUGGCAGGGGCACGAGGGGUCAGAGGGUUCUCUGCAAGCAGUAUACCCAGAAUGUAAAGGCCAUCAUGUCAGAUCAAUAUGCGUGUAUGGUGCUGGAGACCUGCAGUGGUUGAUUGAACAGCAUCACCUUUUUGCCAAUAAGUUUGAUGCAGACAGAGAUCCCAUUGCUAUCUAUUGCUUAGAGAAAUAUCUGAGACACAAGGCACUGACUGAGUUGGAUUAGUUGGAGAGUUAAUCAUCCACCAUGAAAGACAAUUCAAAUGGAUAACCAAAAGUAUAAACACAUUCUUGGAUAGUGUUGGAUCAUAACUUCAUGUGGACCUAGAUGUGUUAUAAAAGUUGUGGAGUCUGAAUUUGUACGACAGUUACUAAAUGUAGCAGUGUUGUCACGCCUUUUGAUUUAAGUUUUGUGAUAGUGCUUUGCUUAGUCAACUGAACUCCCACCUGUAACUGGGAAACCAUUUAGUUAGCUUUUUUUAAUUUUCAUUUGUGACAAUGAUGAUGAUGAUUAUUAUUAUGUCACAUGUUAUCAUUUGUAUUUCUUAAGUGUUUAUCAAAUUGCAGUUGUGUCAAACAGUGUAAAAUAACAUCUAGGAGAUGGGUCACACCAAGCCUGUAGGGGUUAUUCUUUUUUAAAGUUCUUCUUCUUUUUCAUUCUAUUUUAUCAUUUACUAUCAGUUUUUCGGCAGUUUAAGCUUGUAAUUAAAUGGCUAUUUAAAAUUAUAUUAAGUACAUUAAUAUUUACAUAGACUAUCAUUGCUAAUCUAGCAUGGCAUGUGAUAAUUUCAUAACCCAAGGGUAGAAAAUGUAAAACUUUAGUGUUUGGCUGUGUACUAUAGAAAAUAGAUAGAGAACCUACAGGUAAAUUGAUUGUGGAAACAGCAGUCUGGGAGAAUGAUUCAAUGUCCUGAUUCAAUGUCCAACAAAAUGGCCCCAAACAACCCAUGUAGGUCUGGAUUUGGAGUCACACUCAAAAUUAAGGUGGAAAAACACACUACAGGCUGAUCCAACUUUGAUGUAAUGUCCUUAAAACAAGUCAAAAUGAGGCUCAGUAGUGUGAGUGGCCUCCACAUGCCUAUAUGAUCACCCUACAACACCUGGGCAUGCUCUUGAUGAGGUGGCGGAUGGUCUCCUGAGGGAUCUCCUCCCAGACCUGGGCUAAAACAUCCACCAACUCCUGGACAGUCUGUCAUGCAAUGUGGUAUUGGUGGAUGGAGCAAGACAUGAAGUCCCAGUUGUGCUGAAUUGGACUCAGGUUUGGGGAACGGGCAGGCCAAUCCAUAGCAUCAAUGCCUUCGUCUUGCAGGAACUGCUGACACACUCCAACCACAUGAGGUCUAGCACUGUCUUGCAUUAGGAGGAACCCAGGGCCAACUGCACCAGCAUAUGGUCUCACAAGGGGUCUGAGGAGCUCAUCUCGGUACCUAAUGGCAGUCAGGCUACCUCUGGCGAGCACAUGGAGGGCUGUGCGGCCUCCACCCGAAGAAAUGCCACCCCACACCAUUACUGACCUACUGCCAAGCCGGUCAUGCUGGAGGAUGUUGCAGGCAUCAGAACAUUCUUCAAAGCAUCUCCAGACUCUGUCACGUCUGUCACAUGUGCUCAGUCUGAACCUGCUUUCAUCUAUGAAGAGCACAGGGCACCAGUGGCGAAUUUGUCAAUCUUGGUGUUGUCUGGCAAAUACCAAACAUCCUGCACAGUGUUGGGCCGUAAGCACAACUCCACCUGUGUAUGUUGAGCCGUCAUGACACCCUCAUGGAGUCUGUUUCUGACUGUUUGGACAGACAAAUGCACAUCUGUGGCCUGCUGGAGGUCAUUUUACAGGGCUCUGGCAGUGCUCCUCUUGUUCCUCCUUGCACAAAGGUGAAGGUAGCGGUCCUACUGCUGUUUUGUUGCCCUCCCCCACGUCUCCUGAUGUACUGGCCUGUAUCCUUGUAGCGCCUCCAUGCUCUGAACACUAGGCUGACAGCAACACGUUCUCACUCCCAAAGCAUAACAUUUUACGCUAGGUGACAAAUCGUCAACAUAUUACGUUUUCGGCUAC